AUGCGAGGGCUCAUGGCACCACAUCACGUGGAGUACGGGUCCCCGGGCCGCAGCGAGUGCUACCUAGAAGGUGCAACCGUAAGAAAUCGAAAGAAAUUAGGGUGGCAGCCUUUACAUUCAAGGAUAUUUCAUGUUCAUCGCAUUGGACGAAGGUCAGAACCUCGUCAUCAGCCUGAACACUUGCUGCGGAGAGUCAACUGCGACUUAAAUGCAGUGGACAGUGUGAAGCAUGUGCAAUAUCCUAAACGAUACAAUAUUGAUCAUGAUAAAGCAAUGGCGAGUGCAGACGAAAAUGGAAAACGUCGAAAAAAUAACGUCUAG